AUGGAUGGUGUGUUCGUGGCGUUCGUAAAAUUAAAUGGCGAUUUAGAAGGCCACAAUUCAUCUUUAAAUAGGAGUGGAGGCAGGCCAAAGAAGACUUUUGAAGAGUGCUUAAUAACGAAUUCAGAAUUUACUGAUACAGCCUUUAAUGCUGAUUCUGCUUUGGCGUUGAUAACACAAGCCAAGCUAUCCAAAUAUCAAUACGAAAUUCUCCAAAAAGCAACUAAAGAUAUUGGCCAUAAUAUAUCAAACGGAACCGCAAUUCACACGUACGGUUCCAAAGCUCUCACAUUAAAUCUCGGCCUCCGACGCUGUUUUACGUGGGAUUUCGUCAUCGCCGACGUAGCAAAGCCCAUCAUCGGAGCCGAUUUUCUAGCACAUUUUGACCUGCUGGUCGACUUGAAAAACCGUCGACUGGUAGACCAGGUAACUAACCUGACUGUGCCAGGACGCAAAAUCAACCCACACGAGGUCUGCGUCAAAACGAUUAAAGGAACUACGCCGUAUCACGCAUUACUCAGCGAGUUUCCUGACAUCACAAGGCCAGACGGACGACCUCGGCAGACUAAACAUGGCACUCGCCAUUUUAUUAAAACUACGCCAGGACCUCCAGUAGCUUGCAAACCACGCAGGCUAGCACCCGAUAAAUUGGCCAUUGCUAAACAAGAGUUCCAAAACAUGAUUGAACUCGGCAUUGCAAGGCCUUCGAAAAGUUGCUGGGCAUCACCUCUUCAUCUUGUCCCCAAGAAAGGGGAGAAUUGGAGACCAUGCGGGGACUAUCGAGCAGUCAACGCACGCUCGAUACCGGAUCGGUACCCCGUGCGCCACAUACACGACUUUGCACAAGCACUGGAGGGCACCCGGAUUUAUACCACUCUCGAUUUGGUACGGGCAUAUCACCAGAUACCCGUCGCCGAGGAAGACAUCGAGAAAACAGCAAUCACUACACCCUUCGGCAUGUUCGAGUUCCCGUACAUGUCGUUCGGGUUACGCAACGCAGCACAAACCUUCCAACGGUUUAUUGACGAGGUAUUGCGUGGACUAAGCUUUUGCUACGCAUACCUCGACGACAUCCUAAUCGCAUCGAAAACGGAGGAAGAGCAUCUGGAGCACCUCCGCAUUCUCUUCGAACGCCUGAACGAGUACGGCGUUGUAAUCAAUCCUGCAAAAAGUGUUUUUGGACGCUCCCAAGUAACCUUCCUCGGUUACCUGGUGAAUUCGGAAGGUACACAACCGCUACCUGACCGAAUCAAAGGAUUACGGGAGUACAACUUACCCAAAACGGCCAGAGAACUCAGACGUUACCUGGCUAUUGAAUGGAUGAUGCCAAGACAACUUCGUAAACUAUUUGUUAGAAUAUUAUUACAUUGUCAACCAUUGCAUCCUGAUGAACUUUGGGAAAGUUUUAAAGUAGCAAUGUCGGAAGAUUACGUACGACACUUUGGUGUGUUGCAAGGACAACGAAAAGCUUACGCACAAAUCGGCGCUAUGCUUUCUGCUGAAGGUAAAAGUUUCGCCGAUUUUCCACAAAUGGAACAAUUAACAGAAAAUUUUGAGCCGCUUUGGCGUACCCCUGCGGAUCACCACCGAUCAAGGACGCCAGUUCGAGUCACAGCUGUCAAGCAGCUGAACGAACUGACGGGCAGCAAACACCUACGCACGACAGCAUACCAUCCGCAAGCGAACGGACUGGUCGAAAGAUUCCAUCGCCAGUUAAAAGCUGCAAUAAGGUGUCAUGCAAACGAUAGAUGGACAGAAGCCUUGCCUACAAUUCUUCUGGGCAUCCGCGCCGCCUGGCGCGAAGACUUGGACGCAACCACAGCCGAGUUAGUUUACGGUGAAACACUCCGGCUACCAGGCCAGUUCUUAAGCCAAGAGCCUGUCAACACCGCUGAUGACGCAGCUCACCUGAUUAAAACGCUGCGCCAGCAGUUCGAACGGUUGCGACCAAAGGAAGGAACCAACCACGCAGCACAGAAGACAUUCAUCUUUAAAGAUCUCGCCACAAGCAGCCACGUCUUCGUACGACACGAUGGACCUAAGACAAUCUUACAACCACCGUACGACGGACCAUACCAAGUUAUCGAGCGAAAGGACAAGACCAUCAAAGUCAAGAUAAACAACAAGAUGGUCAACGUGUCGAUAGACAGGGUCAAACCGGCAUACUUAUUAGCCGAUACAGACGACACAGAAGAGGCACCAGCACAACUCCCGAAAAACAGAACGGAACCAUCCACGAGAACCACGAGAUCCGGACGACGAGUCCACUUCCCGGAUCGCUUUUGCUACGCAUACCUCGACGACAUCCUAAUCGCAUCAAAAACGGAGGAAGAGCAUCUGGAGCAUCUCCGCAUUCUCUUCGAACGCCUGAACGAGUACGGCGUUGUAAUCAAUCCUGCAAAAAGUGUUUUUGGACGCUCCCAAGUAACCUUCCUCGGUUACCUGGUGAAUUCGGAAGGUACACAACCGCUACCUGACCGAAUCAAAGGAUUACGGGAGUACAACUUACCCAAAACGGCCAGAGAACUCAGACGUUACCUGGGUAUGUUAAACUUCUAUCGAAGAUUUAUACCCAGAGCCGCAGCAGCACAGGCACUACUCCAUGAUCUUCUCGGUUCGAAGAAAGGCGCUACAGUUCUGGAGUGGACAGCGGAAACAAAGCAAGCUUUUGAAGACACGAAAAACAGUCUCGCCCAGACUGCGCUACUGGCACAUCCCAAGGCGCACACCGAACUAGCCCUCUUCACGGACGCAUCAGAUCGCUGUGUCGGGGCAGUUCUCCAACAGCGACAGGGCGAAGACUGGGAACCACUGGCUUUCUACUCCAAAAAGCUAAAUCCCACUGAGGUCAAAUAUAGCACCUUUGACCGGGAACUGCUGGCAAUUUACUUGGCCAUCAAGUAUUUUAAACACAUGGUAGAAGCUCGCAAAGACAAUGUAACUGCCGAUACGUUGUCACGGGUAGAAGCAGUACACUCGACAAUCGAUUAUGAAGCAUUGGCCAAAUCUCAACAAGAAGACCAUGAGCUGUUUUCGUUGAUCGUCGAAGGGAAAAGCCUGCAGCUCAAGAAGGUCGAUAUCCCUGGUGCAGGCUUGGCUAUCUGGUGUGACACAAAGACCGAGACACCACGUCCAUUCCUUACCAAGCCAUUCAGGCGAGCUGCCUUUGAAGCGAUCCACAAUUUGGCACACCCAGGCAUAAAGACAACCACUAAACUCGUGGCACAACGCUACGUGUGGCCAUCCAUCAACGCAGAAUGCCGGGAAUGGACGCGAGCUUGUACAGCCUGUCAACGCUCGAAGAUAACGAGGCACAUAUCAGCUCCACACGGAACCUUUGCUCUACCCACCAAAAGGUUCGAACACGUACAUCUCGACAUCAUAAUUCUACCAGUGUCUGAAGGGCAUCGAUACUGCCUUACCUGCGUAGACCGCUACUCGAGAUGGCCUGAAGUGAUCCCUAUGGAAAACCAGGAAGCUGAAACUGUAGCCAAAGCAUUUUACAACGGCUGGAUUAGCCGCUUUGGCGAAACAAUGGCAAACAAGCAAGAAAUAGGCAAUAUAAAAACGGACAUAGCAGGAAAUAUUGUUGUAGAGGAUGGAUAUGUAACAUGUGUCUCUGAAGGCGGACUAGAGUUUCAAUUGUUGUACGAAGAAAUUGAUUUUAAUUGUGAUAGCAUGAGUUGUACCUUUGAUAAUACAGAUAUAUUAAUAAGAUUGCCUGACAAAAAUGUACUUAAUGCAAUACCAAAUAAAUUUAAUAAUGAAAAUACUAAUGAAAGCUCAGAAGACAAAUAUAAAGAAGCAUUUUAUUGGACAGAUGCAAAUACAAAAUUGUUUCUAUCCUUGUACAAAGAAAACAGAGAUCUGCUUGGACAGAGAAAAAUUAAAACCAAAAAAAUUAUGUGGCAAAAAAUUUCUGACAAAAUGAAAUUGCAAGGCUGCAAUGUUUCAUCAGUACAAGUAGAAAAUAAAUAUAAAUCAUUGGAACGAGCUUACAAAAAUGCUGUAACGCAUAAUAAAAAGACUGGAAGAAAUAGACUUAGUUGUCCUUAUGAGACAGAAUUAACAGAAUUAUUAGGCGCUAAACACAUUAUCGAACCCUUAUUAUUAUCAGGAAAUAAAGGUGUAAUUUUAAAGAAUGAUGCAACAACGUCGCAUCAGGCAACAUAUGAUGAACCAACAACAUCAUAUCAAGCAACAUACGAUGAAUCAACAACGUCACAGCAGGCAAUAUAUGAUGAAGAUGACAAUGCUACUAGUGAUACUAGUGACAGUAACAAAAAAAUAUUUGAAAAUAAAAAUACAAGGAAAAUGGGUACAACAGCUCGAAUUUUGGAAACAUGUACACAAAAUUUGGAGAAAUUAACAAAUCAUAUAUGCAAAGAAAAUGAAACCAAACAUGAAAUGCAAAGAGAAAUAAUACAAGAGUACAAAAAAAUGAGACAGUCACAUGAAGAGCAAUUAUCAAUUGCAAAUAAAUUGCGUGAGGAAAAAAAUAAACUAUUGCAACAGUUAAUACAAUUACAACAGAAAAAUAAUUAA